UGACAUCGGUGUCAUGGCGGCUCCCACGUUGGGCUCGGCCUGGGGCCCGCUACGUCUCGGCGUACCUGGCCUGUGCCGCCGCCGGUCCCCUCGGGGCCUGUGGGCGCGCGAGCGGCGGCUCCCGGGGUCCGCGGCUUCUGGGCGGAGCGUGACUGCAGCUAGUGGGUCGGGCGUCUCGGGCACUGACCGCUACUGCAUGGAACUGCUGCGGAAGCGAGAUUAUGAAGGCUACCUGUGCUCCUUGCUGCUUCCUGCAGAGUGCAGAAGCUCUGCUUUUGCCCUGAGAGCCUUCAAUGUGGAGCUCGCUCAGAUUAAGGAUCUGGUUUCCGAGAAAACAAUCGGGCUGAUGCGAAUGCAGUUUUGGAAGAAGACCGUGGAUGACGUGUACAGUGACAAUCCACCGCAUCAGCCUGUGGCCAUUGAACUGUGGAAGGCUGUCAAGAGACAUAAUCUGACUAAAAGAUGGCUUAUGAAAAUCAUUGAUGAAAGAGAAAGAAAUUUGGAUGACAAAGCAUAUCGUAAUAUCCAGGAAUUGGAAAAUUAUGCUGAAAACACACAGAGUUCUCUUCUUUAUUUAACACUAGAAAUACUGGGUAUAAAGGAUCUUCAUGCAGACCAUGCUGCGAGCCACAUUGGGAAAGCACAGGGCAUUGUCACUUGCUUGAGAGCCACGCCGUAUCAUGGCAGCAGAAGAAGGGUGUUUCUGCCCAUGGAUAUUUGUAUGCUGCAUGGUGUUUCACAAGAGGAUUUUCUACGGAAGAAACAAGAUAAAAAUGUAAGAGAUGUGAUAUAUGACAUUGCCAGCCAGGCACACUUGCACCUAAAGCAUGCUAGGUCCUUCCACAAAAGUGUUCCUGUGAAAGCAUUUCCUGCUUUUCUUCAGACGGUUGCUCUGGAGGACUAUUUAAAGAAAAUUCAACAAGUAGAUUUUGAUAUAUUCCACCCAUCUUUACAACAGAAGGAUACAUUACUUCCAUUAUCUUUGUAUAUUCGGUCAUGGAGAAGAAAAUAUUAAAAAUAAUUUCAUAGCACUGAUAUUAACUUACUUUUUUUAGUUUUACAAAAGUUAGCGUUAAAUUAGUUAGGGUUCUUGUUUAUAAACAGCAGGUACUGUGUACUUAAGGAGAAAACGAAUUUAUUGGGUGGGUGUGACUAGCUCUCAGAAUUGAUAAGAAAUUACUGUGGGGCUUGGGUGCCAGAACACUGGUGAGAUUCUCCCACAGACACAGCCAUUGUCACCACCACCCAGACACUGAAUGCUACACCAUCCCUGUGAAGCCGCUGCCCCAGGAGGGAGCAUCGCCUAGGGCCGAAGGCCGCAGACCUUGCUUCACCACCAGGGGGCAGAGAGAAGAAAUGUCUCCUCCCUUUCUCACCCUUGGAGAAGGAGGGGGAGGGGCUCAAGCAGUGCUGGCUGCGCUGGUAGAGAGUUAGAACUCACGAGUCCAGUACAGCUGCGGAAUGAGUUUAUUACGGGUCCCAGAGGGUGAAGUUAAUACCUGAGGAGUAUCAGUCACUAUGUUGAGGGUUUUAUAUCUCUGACAUGUCGUCUUUACAACCCUGCGAAAACUUAUACAUAAUAAAAGCACUUAAGGUAAGACAGCUGGAACCCUAAUUUGACUUUAUGUCUGGUUGAUUUGAAGCUUUUACUGUUUUGCUAAUGCCACUGCUUCACUCCUGUCAUUGCACAUUAUUGUGGUCAUGAACAAAGUCGUGUUUGCAAAGUUUGUAUUAAUGUAAACAAAGUUGUAUUGAACGUUCAUUAAGGGAUAUUACAUUUUUAAAAACUAGUAUACUGUUUGAGCUUCCCACUGAUAAGCUUUGGCCUAUAUAUACACUUCAUAAAUGUUCUCAUUUGAUCUUUAAAACUAUGAAAUAAAGAAUUUUUGGUAAUUAAAAUUUUAAAUUAUAAAAUACACAGUAAUCGCAAAAACAAAAUUGUUUGCAUACUGGUAAUGGCAAAUCUGGACUCUGAAUGAGUCUCUGACUACCAAGGCCGGGGUUGUGCCACAGUUUUCUUGUUCCUGCCUUUUCUGUGGUCUUGUCCCCUGCCCACUCACACCGCUGGGAUACUGUUCCGCUAUUUAGCGUAAGCCUUUGGUUUCAGCUAUGAAUUAGUGCCUACUACAAUUGUGAAGUAGCGAUGACUUAAAAUACUAUGUGUUUUUUGUUUUUAUUUUUGGAAAAUAAAACUUAAACUGAGAGCUGCUUGUGGUUCACAAUCCCCCAACACCUAGAAUGGCUCUGAUUUAGAGUAAGUAGAGAUUAAUGUAUAAUUGAAUGACUGUGCAAUGUGUUUAUAUAUGUUAGUAUAUUCUUAGUUGAUACUGAUGCUGAAAGAAUAGCCUCUUGUUUAAUUCUGUGGCUUUAGAAAACCUUUUAGUUUAUCUGAACAGGCAAGUACAAGGAAAUGGGACACAUUUCCUCUUGGGAUUCUGAACAGUCCAGGGUUGAAGAGUUCAUUAGAGAUAGUCUGUGUUAGCAUUGUCUGUGGGUCUUCUAGGUUAAAUUUGGCAGCAGUGAGCUGCUAAGCAUCUUGGUUCUUGACUAAGCACCUUAAAAAGAAGGGUUUAAACUCUGUUGGAUUACUGGAUUCUUUACUGGCUCAGAAGCCAGUUUACUAUUAAGUAAAUAAUUUCAAAAUACUUUCUAAGCCAUUUUAAAUUUGAUGUUUAGAGAUUUGAGUGAACUAAAGUUUCCAGUCUCCUAGAGAUUAAGAUGGGAUCUUAUUCAGAGACACUUACUGUACUGUUCACUUCCUGGCAUAAAAGAAACUCUCUUAGAUGGUGCCAACAUUCUUUUUCAUUUUUCACAUCUCUGGGGUUUUUUAUUAGAGCAUUUUUAAAGGAGUCAGACACAUUUUCAAAACAUUUGAGAUAUAUUUUAAUGCUGAAUAUAUGGAGCAUAAUAGAUAACAAAUGUUAAGUAUAAAUUACAGGUUUAUCUGAAUGUAGGUCGAGUUGCACAUUAUUACAAAAUAUGUUUUCGGUAGUUCCCAAUCAGCCAGGAAUAUUCUUAAUCUCCUUUUGGUUAAAUCUCUCCUUUUGUUGAAAUUAGUGCUAAUGUUUGCUGAGCAUGAAUUUGGACUCAUGGUGUGCUCUGUACUAUUAUGCAUUAAUCUCGACAACAAAGUAGGCCUUUAUUUUCCAAACGAUAAAACUGCCUCAGAGAUGUUAAGUUCAAGGUCACACAGCCAUCAGAACUAAACCUGGAUGCCAAACCCACAUUACUUUAAUGCCAAAGCUCACAACCCAUGUAUUACCAUUCUUGAGAUUGUAAAAUAAAUUGCCAAGUUAAAAACUUCAAGGGUACAACUUUUUUCAGAAAAAAUUGCCACAUAAAUUUUAGGAAAGUAUGGUUAUUGCAUAAAUUCCAACUAUAAAUCAGAUGAGAGAGAAAUAGGCAAAGGAAGCUGAUACUAAGACCUGGUCACCGGGUGGUAUACUCGGGAGGGGAACGCUACCACUUUGGAGGACAAAGGUUUCCCAGGGGAGCUGGCAUGUGAGGGGCGGCAGGAAGGUUGGGUAGGAGCCAGGGUUUGGGGAAGGGGGUGUAGAUGGGAGACCCUGGCUGAGGGGGCACUGCGACCAGAAGCAGAAUGGAGAGCCUGUGUCAAGAGUUAAUUUUUUGGCUCUAAAGUAAAAGGAACAGAAUAUAGUAAUGUUCAGAGUUCUUAGGGAAGUUUGUGAUUAUAAAGUGGCCACAUCCCCUGGCCUAGUGAAACAUUAUGAAUUAAGAUAAAAGACCUGGGUAUUUAUAUUUUGCCUGUUCGGCAAAUCUCUAGGUGCCCUUGGAUUUGUUUUAGCUCACAAAUAGGAUGUGUCUGCAGAUACCUAAUCGAUUGCUUUAUGUAGAAAGAGCCACAGAGUUGUAAACAUUAUGCAGAUCGUUACUGAAAACAAAACAUCUUACUGAGCACAAAACCACCCGCUCCCAGAACUAGGAUGGAUGUUGGGAGUGGGUUGGAGGAACGGGAGAGGAGUUGGGGGAGUGGAGUGACUGUGAGACUGGGUUAAAUAAAGGACUUGGACGCCACUCUACCUGCUUUUUCCUAUAAUGGACAUACAUUUCUUGGAUAACUGGAAAGUUAUUUCUUAAAAAUUAGGACCCUUCAAUGGACAUGAAUUUUCUCACCAAAUCUGUAUGUACCAGAUGAAAGAAUUUGUUCAAAAACAAUGAAUGGUAUUCGGCACAAUAAAUUAUUGAGUAUGUAACUCA